AUGGUGAUGGAGAUGGGCAUGAUGUGGAAAAUGUUGGUGAUGGUGAAGAUGAAGAAACCCUUCGGGAUUUUGAUGCUUUUAAGAGAUGGUAUUUGUGGCAUUCUGGAAUUGCGAAAAAGGAUCGCUGAGAAGAAAUUGCAGCUGAAGCAGAGCCAAGAGCCAGGGUCCUCAGAUACACUGGGUCGAUUCACGGAGCUCAAGAUUUCGAAGCCUGCGCCGGACAAUGUGGAGACUCAGCCCCUGUCGGAGGAGGUUGCCGCUUUUGUUGCCCAGAGCAGAAAGAGGAAAGAGAAGGCAGCAGGGCAUGGUCAUGUCGAUGAUGAUGAGAAGGAUGACCAGAAACCGAAGGGCAAGUCGAAGGCACGAGGAAAGGCCAAAGCAGAAGGAAAACGCAGAGCAAAAGGCAGCAACAAAGGGAAACAAAAUGAAGAGCAUGAUGAGCAGCCGGAGAAGAAAAAUGAAAUGGCCAGUACAGAGACGAAGGAGGAUGAGCCUGAUGAGAUUCCGACACCCAAACGGAAGCUUUUUGAUGAUGGUGAAUCUGCUAGCGGAAGUGAUGCUACCCAUGCUCCAAAAUUGGAUGAAACCACCUUGCAGCAAACCAAGUUCAUCGACCCCAAGACUGGCAAGGAGAAGAACCUGAGGGAGGUGUUCGAAGAAUACUUGCCCAAUGAAUGGCGCAAGAGGAUGCGACUGUCUGGUGAUGCCUAUGUGGGACUGCCUCCUUCUGGGACUUCGUCCACAGAUCCAGCUCAGCCCAAGCCUACGGGUAAGGGAAAAGCAAAGGCGAAAGCAAAAGGAAAGGCGAAGACCCAGCCCAAGAAGAAAGCGGUGAUUGCCACUCCUGAGAAGGGAAAGUCUGGGGGAGGUUCUCCGGUGAAGUCUUUGACAUCCCCGGCCAUCAAAAAGGAGCAAGCUCGUCGUGCCAAAAAGAAGCAGCAGGCAGCCCCGGAGGAAGCUGACAUGUCAGAUCCUAUCAUGCAGGGAAUUUUCCACCAGCGCAUCAAAGAUGUCCAGAACUUCUCGGUCGAGGAGCUCAAGGCUUACAUAAAGGAUGAUCGCUUUGCCGGUGUCUUCAAGAAGGCAAAGUUUUCUUGGUACUGGCGUACUACCUCUGUUGGUGUGCUCACUCCUAACCGAGAUCACAUUGUCAGCUUGUCCACCGGUGACAAGAUCACUUGCUGGAACGAGAAAAUGGCAUUGAGCUGUGCUGGUGCUUAUGUGCUUGCUGAGUGGAUUGAGGACCAGGAAUCCAUCGAAGACUACAAGGCCCGAAUGCCUCCGUUGCGUGGCAACAAGUGGGCAGCCAAGAUGAAAGCUCUGGGCGCACCCAAGGAGCUCGAACGUGAGCUGGCCAACAUGGAAGCGAAGCAAGCUGCAGUCUGGGACUCACAUUCGGGUGUGCAGGCUACUCCGCAGAAUCAACCACUGCUUUCGAUUGCAGCUGCUGAUACGCAGCCGGCUACGCCAGAGGAGUUGCAGAGUGUGCAGGACCGCAUCAUGAAGAUGUGGUGGGAUGGUUCUAUCAGUGGUGAUAUGGCCAUGCAGCUAUUGGGAUCUGGGACAAGGAGAACAGGUGAGCGAGCCAAUUUGGUGACUCCAGUUCAAAAGGGUUCUGAGAAUGAAGAGAACGCGCUCAAAGCGAAGCUUCGGAGACUUUGUGGUGCCAAAGCCAAUGGCGAGAUUGGGGAGAAGUUCAUCAAGCUGAAGGAAAAGUCAUUCACCAAGAACGACAAACACACUCGUGACUUGAACGUUGGUUGGUACUCGGAGGAUGACAUGGCGAAAGUCUUGAAAUGGAGCAAGAAGAAGAUCGAGGGAGCCAUCAAAGUCUGCAUGGCUGACGAAAAGCACUUGGUGAGGAAAUGCCAAUACGGAGGCGACGAUGAGUACUACAUCCGCGUUCGUGACACGGGUGACACAUCGGAAUUGGCCGAUGUCACCCUGGCACAUUUGGAUGCCAAUGAUGACCGCAACAAAGCUAUGUCAGCUGUCCGUGCGACGGCUGUGCGAGCGAAAGAUACCUUUCGCAAGUUCGUCGAUUCUGUGCUUCAAAAAAGCGCCAAGAUCAGAACUUUGAUUUCUGAUUUGAUCAAGAACUAUCCAGAAGAUGACACGGCCCAAAAGUCUGUGAAGACGUUGGAGGCUGAUCUGCAAACCUUGGAUAGCGAGUACAGUACCCUGGGCGAUUGGAUGGCCAAGGGGGAGCAAGAGGAUUUCUCACCACAGUGGGCCAAGGAGGCCGAGAAGAAAAUGAGACAGUCGACCUUUACGUGCACGAAGGUUCAGCAGAAUGAAGCCAAGAUUCGGAUGCUUGGUGCCAACUUCGCUAGAGGUACAGCUGGAGCCACAGCCAAACGCUUGGCAGCCAAUGUGGGCGAUGGAGUCAUAGCCCAAGAGACGCAGGGGGAUGGGAAGGACAAUGAAGCUGAUCCAACCACGUCCCUCCCAGUACGUGAGGAUGUGGCGCAGGAAAACCGGAAAACGCUUGAAGGGAUGCAAGAACAUCAGGCGAGUUGCAAGAGUCAAAUUUUGACAGCGCAAGCGAUCACAGAGGAUAUGGGUGAGGCCGCAGCGGCCAGGCUUAGAUAUUCCUUGGAUAUCGCCGCGCAAUUGGUUUGCAUGGCUGGUGAAGAAUGGGUUGUGGACACACUUGGCCGGGGUUGCACGGAGUCAGUAUGCUCUGGCUACGACACAAAACGAGUUGGCAUGGUUAAUCAGGGCGCUUUGCCAUUGAAGGUCAACUAUGCUGGACACAGCUUUACCCAUCGCUUUAUAUCUUCUGCUUUACCCAAGACUAUCUACGAGGAUGAUCCCGAGAUUUUCCAUGGUGUUAUGGAGGAAUUUGCUCUGUCCCUUCGAAGUUUGCUGUUUGAUGGGGUUGUUGACCCAAUGACCAACAAAACGUACCGGGUGGCAGUCAUUGCUGUGAAAGGUGACGCUCCAUAUUUGGUGAAGAUGGGUCGAUUCUACAGGUCCUACAACACCACAGUAAAACGAGGGGAUGAGCGCACUGUGCCAAAAGGCCGUGCUGCGCGGCUGAGCCGCAGAGUCAAUGUGCGCAUGGUGAUGCAGCGCACGAUGCAGCGUUAUUUAGUAUCCGCAUACUCUGUGUUUUCAAAGGCAAAUUUGCUGGGAUAA